AUAUUUUUACUCAAAUAUAAUAGAAUCUUCCCCAAUUUACAAACCCUAAAACACUGAUUUAAGAAAAGAAAAACCAAAAAACACCUACAGACAAGAGUCAAAUUCGAUUUCUGUCUUUGAAGUCCCCUGUUCAGGAAAACCGAUACAAACCCAAUAACGAUAGCAGCCAAACGCUAACAAGGAUCUUUUCCAGAGUUGACAAAUUUACAAUUACCCUGUAAUUUUGACUGCAAAAUUACUCGGGAACCAGUGCUUUGAUCAUUGUCUGUUUCCCGCUACUGUUGAUUUGGUACCCACUGAAAAGGCGAGACAGGGAGAAAGAAAACCCUCCUCAGCUCUGAAAGCCGUGACAAUGAUACAAAAAGGUGAUGAUAAUAUUGUUUAACCCAGUAAAGGACAGCAGUUGCGCCGAGAAGCUUUCUAUGUAAAGUUUUGUUAACAAAUGCAUACUACUUACUAGAGUGAGACAUUAUGAGUGUGUAUAGUGUGUUAGAGCUGAUGCUCAAUGACAUACUUAAUGUGAUCAAACCUCUACGGGAGGAUUGGGAGAUAAGAUUUCAAGUCAUUAACCAAUUGCAGGAAGUCGUUGGAUCUGUGGAUAGCUUGAGAGGUGCAACUGUGGAGCCAUUUGGAUCAUUUGUCUCUAAUCUCUUUACAAGAUUGGGCGACUUGGAUGUUUCUGUUGAGUUAAUGAAUGGAACAUGUCUCUCAUCUGCUGGAAAAAGACGGAAACAGACUUUACUUGGAGAGUUACUGAACGCAUUGAGACAGAAAGGUGGAUUCUGCAGGGUUCAGUUUAUUCCCAAUGCCCGUGUUCCCAUUUUGAAGCUUGAGAGCAACCACAGGGCCAUCUCCUGUGAUAUCUCAAUUGAUAAUCUGCAGGGCCAGAUAAAAUCUAAGUUAUUGUUUUGGAUUAGUCAAAUAGAUGGACGUUUCCGGGACAUGGUUUUACUGGUGAAGGAAUGGGCUAAAGCAAAUGACAUCAAUAAUCCAAAAGUCGGGACAUUCAAUUCCUAUUCUCUCAGUUUACUCGUAGUCUUCCAUUUUCAGACUUGUGUACCAGCAAUAUUUCCUCCUCUAAAAGAUAUAUACCCGGGGAAUGUUGUAGAUGAUCUUCAAGGUGAGAGGGCUAAUGCUGAGAAACUAAUAUCAGAAACAUGCGCUGCUAACAUAGCCAGGUUUUUAUCAGACAAAUCUAGAGCAGUCAAUCGAAGUUCUUUGUCUGAACUUUUCAUUUCUUUCCUUGCAAAGUUUUCUGAGCUAAGUUCACAGGCUUUGGAACAAGGAAUUUGUCCGUUUACAGGUCGAUGGGAGGACACAAGAAGCAAUACGAGAUGGAUGCCCAGAAAUUACGCAAUAUUUAUCGAGGAUCCAUUCGAGCAACCAGAAAACACAGCCAGAGCUGUUAAUGCAAAACAACUAACAAGGAUAUCAGAAAUCUUUGAAGUGUCUCGCUGUAAAGUUAUCUCGCCAUACGACCAUCAGAAUGCUCUCCUUGACACCCUAGCCAGGCCUCAAACAGCAAGAAUGUUGGGCAAGAUUCCAACCUCCAAUAGUGCACAUGGGCCUCCUCCACCAGCUCCUAGGUUUGUGUACUCGCCUGCUCAAGCUCAACUAUGGUAUCAGAAUCCGAAACCAGUGCAGUCACCUUCACAAAGUCAACAUCAAUUUCAGAAUGUGCACUUGUCCUCGCCAGCUCUACCUCGGUAUGUCAAUGUGAGAGCAGUGCGUUUUCCUUUGGAACAGCAGCAACAACGCCAAUUCCAGAACAAAAGGCAAGUAAAUCGUCACCCAAACAAUAUAGUUGCCCAAAGACCUGUGCAGCAAUAUGUCAGUCAAGUAAAUCAUCCUAACAAGGUAAUUGCACAGAGACCUGUGCAGCAGUACACCGGCCAAGUGAACCAUCCCAACAAUGUAGGUGUUCAGAGACCUGUGCAGCAACAUCUGGGUCAAGUAAAUGAUUAUUGUCCGAAUGUAGGCACGGCACGUAGACCGGUGCAGCAACGUUACAGCGAAGGCCAGCAAAUCUGGCGGCAAAAAUCUGGGAGAGAAUAGUAAACUUGUUUGAUCUUUUGCUUUGGCAAUAGCUUCUGCUGCCUGAUUUCUAUUAUGAAUGCUGAUAGGAACGGUAGCCUUGUAAAGCUAUUUGGAUGUUCAGCACCGGAUGUUCUCCAUGAUUGGACACAUAAGAGAACUGUUUGCAAGUAGUUCUGUGAAUAUACAUAAUGAUUUCGUGAGUGUA